GUGUUCCCUCCCCCCGUCGGUCCCUCGCUUGAAGUGGUCCUGUCGACGAGCUAUCUGUGAAUAGCGUCUUUCUUUUUCUUUUUCACCUUCCUUUCGCUUCUUGACCUGCCUGCUGGGCAGGCAUCCGUUCUCUUCUUUUGCUUCUCAAAUACCCCGGCUGUCGACGCUCCCUCUCGUAUCCUGUGAAUAUACGCCAUGGUUUUUACAUUCAUUCCACUACUGGCAUGGGCUGCCCUUGUCGGCGCAACUCCGCUUCGUUCUAGGGCUGUCGAUUCUCUUGAUGAAGCCGCCACUGCGGAGGCUCACCAGCGCGAUGACGGCGCUACCCGGGCCUUUUCCGAUGUUGAGAUAAGGACCUCGGACGGCAAAUGCCUUUUUGUCGACAAGCUCUCGGGAGAUUUCCGCGCCAACCUCACCCCGAUCCAAGUCGCUGACUGCGGGUCGACGGAUGGCCAGGGAUGGGACGUUAUCACGGCGGGCAAACACGUCGAGGGCGAUGGAGUCAUGGCUAUUGUCAGCACUUUGACCCAGGCCUGUUUUAACUUCGAUCCCCGUAGACAGGCUGGAAACCAGGUUCUGCUGUUCUCAUGUGGUGGUCGGGCAGACGGAGGUGGACAAGUGACCAACUCCCAGCUCUUUUCUUUUGACGGCAGCGCCGGACCCCUUUCCCUUAAGCCUCAGAACCAAGAGGGGUCUUGUCUUGUUGUGAAGGGCAACGCCAUUGACAUUGCGAAAUGUGAUGCAGCGGAUGCCAACCAGUCAUUCACCUUUGGCGGUGCUGCAGCAGGAGGUGGCAACAACAACAACAACAAUAACAACAACGGUAACGGAAACGGUAACGGCAACGGCAACAAUACCGAUAAUGGCGGUAAUGGCGAGAAUACGACCUCGACAUGCACCACGUCGACGUGCACCAAGACCACCCGGACCGUGACUGCCGCGCCCACCCAGAACGACGGGAACGGGGGGAUUCAGACUUCCACUCCUCUCGCAGCCCAGCCGACCACCUCCGCGCCGGCAGCCGGAAGCGGAGGCGGAACUGGGUCCGGGGCUGGGAGCGGGAAUAUCCCGACGGUGAAUCCCACCGAGCCAGUGCCAGUCUCAAGGGCUGGCGGCACCCUACAGCCGACGGCGGCAGCGGAAUCCCACCAACGUGACGACACGGCCAAGCGUGCCUUCAGCGGUGUCUCAAUCCGUGCCCCCAAUGGACAAUGUCUCUUCAUCGACCCGACAGCCGGCGACUUCCGCCAGAACUUGAUCCCUGUCUCACUGGUGGAUUGCACGGGCUCUCCUAACGAGAAGUGGGAUAUCAUCACUGAAGGGAAGCACAACAAACCGGAUCCGAAUAAGCCUGCAGCGUUGGUUGUCAGCGCCUUGACCCAAGGCUGUAUCAGCUUCGACGGCAGAAGGCAAGCGGGUGACACUGUCACCCUAUUCUCGUGUGGUGGCCGAGCUGCCGGUGAGGGAGAAACGACCGGUAGCCAGCUAUUCCCCUUCAUUGGCCAGACGAGCUUCGCAUUUGCGCCAGUGAGCGAGAACAACAACACUUGCAUCCUCCCCGGAAACGGUAGGUUGGACUCGGGUCCGUGCCCUAGUGAUGGCGCUCAGUUGUUUUCGAUCUUUGAAUGAGGUUGCCUGGGACGGGGUCUAGUCCGUGUCGGAGGUGUAUAUGAUUCACCCAUUCUUGUAUUAUGAUAAAUGUUCCCUUUACCAGCUGUACAAAUAGUUCAUCGGCUAUGAUGAGAUGAGGCACGGUGUGAUCUGUAUCACAAGUAGCUGCAAAUCCGAUCAUAGGGCAUGAACGGGCUGUCUUUUGCGGAGAAGAGCUGCC